UAUGUUGGGUAUGACUGCUUUAAUGAAAUGGAUGAUGACUUAGUUUUCAGAGCUAAGCCUCCAACCAUUGAGUUUCCAAAAUUCAAUGGGAAAGAGGACGCAUGGUUGUGGUGGUAUGCAACUGACAGGUGGUUUAAGAACCACCCAACUAGGGAAGAGAGGAAGGCGCAUCUGGCGUCCUUCUACUUGGAGGGCGACACUCUGCAUUGGUGGGAAUGGUGGCAGAGUAUCGGUCAGAGUUUCUCAAGCUAGGAAAUCAGUCUAAAGGGGUGCUGAAGGAAACUUUGGUGUGGCUAUGCUUGGCUGGCCUGAAGCCGGAGAUUGCGGCGGCAGUCAGGGUAUUUGAAUCUGACUCGGUAAGAACUGCUUUCUGUCUUGCAGGUCACAAGGAAGAAGAACUUGCUAGCUGGAGGAGCACUAUCGGUCGCUAUCAGUGGGGGAGGCAGCAGCAGUUCCGCAGGCGGCGGGGGAGGAAGCGUAGCCGCCGGGGUGAGCACGGGAGCUGCAGGAGGGAAUCCACCUCCACUAGCGACCGCAGGGCCCAGACCUGGUCCCCAAGCUCCACCAAAAGGCUUCGUCAGACUGUCACCCGGUGAGAUUGAGUAGAAGCGGCGGGAGGGCAAGUGCUUCAACUGUAAUGAGAGGUUCACCGUCGGGCACCAAUGCCCAAGGCCAGAUUUAAUGAUGCUUGUAGGCCGCUGGGAAGAUGAUGCAGAGGAGGAGGCAACAGAAGACAAUGGAGGGAAUCAAUGAGCUCCAGUCAAUCUUGAGGGCAAGGUUGUUUCCAACGGGGCGGGGAUGAUAGAAACCCGCAUUUUUCCAUAAUUUGCUUAUUUGGAUUAUCUUUGUGGGUUUGUUAUUUUCGUAACUUUGUUUUUUGGUAAGAAAGCAUACGCUAAAGCGUCUGGGAAUCAUAUAUUAAUGAACCUGGGUUGUGAAACACCCAUAACAUCAUAGUUAAGCCAUUUACACAGCUCAUGGCUAUUCACAUCAAAAUGAUUUGUUCCAAAAGUAAGGUUGUGACCAAAAUAAGCAAGAAAAUCAGCAGCCUGAUUUCCUUCUCUAUACACAUGAGAAACAGACAUAAUCCAUUCACAAUUCAGAAGGUAGUUGAGAUGCUGAGCCAGCAGGCCGUGCCUGUGAUCGUCAUCCGAACGAUUUUUCAUGAUGGUGAUAGCAGUAGUAGAGUCCAACUUGAGUUCAACAUGGCGGAAACUUGUAGGGCUUAUUUGGGGAUAUUUAAUAAUUCGGGUAGCAGUAGGGAAUUGUCCAUUUUUUUUAUCAGAAUACUUGUACGUGGGAUUAGACCACUAAGCAAGAUUAAAUCCUAAAGAACUCUCUACUUUCCUUCUCUCUCCUCCUCUCGGCCGGCCGAACUCUCCUUCUUCCCUUCACUGUUGCCGAUCGGCAGCCACUCUUCUUCCUCCCUUUUUCAAUUUCCAAAACACCUCUGCUAUCCUAUUUUCUCAUUCAGGCGAGUCAUUACCUUGGUGAUUUGCCUCAUUUACCCAAACCCUAGAAAUCGAUAGAACCCUCAUUUUAGGUUUUUAUCAGGAUGGCCCAAAAAUUAGACAUAGAGAAGCCUUGUGAUAGGGUAGAGUGAGAAUUCUUAUAAUCUCUUAUUUAAAGUUUAGGUUUUUGUUAACUAUGAUUGAGUUGGUUACGAGAAUGUGUCACUAUAGAUUUUGGUUCUUAUUAAUGGUACUCCACAUGGCUAUUUCAACCAGAACGUGGCAUUUUGACAAGGGGAUCUACUCUCCCAAUUGAUUCGCUCUCUCUCUCUCUCUCUAUCUAUCUAUCUAUCUAUAUAUAUACUUCAGGUUUUUUCAUUCUUUCACAAGCAGUGCAAGCUCAGUUUAUUCAUGGACUGAAAAUACAUCGAUGGUGUGGUCGGUGAUAUAACAUCUUUUUUUGUGUGCAUAUGAUACUUAUCUUUUUUUUUUCCGUGAUUCACUUUUGGAAUGUCAUAACCUUCUUAGUCAAUUUGCAUCCUAUAAACAGGUAAGUGGCAAAAAAGUGAAUCUUUAGAAAUCCACCUUCACUUUCAGCAAUGAUGUCCUACCUACAGAAGUUGCUACCAUCAUCUCUCUUUUAUGAUUAUCAACUGGUGGCCAUCAAGACCGUUAAGCUCACAACAUCACUAAUGGAUCGUGGUGGGCUAGGAGCAAGUGUAAGCACGUUAGGUCAUCCAAAUACAACAGAUAGUACCCCUUAUUUCGAGCAUUGUGGAAAGGAUGUCAUCUAACCAGUCUCUUCUUUUCUUAUCUUAUACCACUCGUUAUAAAUAGGUGUACUAUUG